AGUAGAGCCUUGAUCUAAAAAAUAGACAGUAAUGAGUUUUGGUAUAACCCCUGUGACAACCUAACAUCCAUUGAGAACCCCUCACGAUAUAAGUCAACCGAUUUCAACCGACGGACGGACCAGCGGACAUACUACUGUACAUCCCUCUACCACCACUUCUUUUUACUGUACAACAACCUCCGACCUCAAUUACUCAUGGAAUAUCUUUCAAGAUUCGCUUCCAGAGUCAGACUACCUUCUAUCUCACCCCGGACUUCCGCAGCCAUCCACACGCCCCGCUUUACUCCAGGAACACGCCGCACCAUGGCCUCGAUUGAGCAGAAGAUCAAGACAUUGCAGGAUUACUCUGCUUGUGAUGUAUCAGACGCCCUACUCAAAAUCCAAAAACUUCCAGAGGGAGCUACACCACGAGCCGGCCAUCUCGCCGAUUUCACCCCUUUCUCCCCAACAUUCGGCCGCAACACCACCUCCCCCAAAAUAAUCGCCCCGGCAAGCACAUUCAAAUUCAUCCCCAAAACAACCACCUCUUUUCCCCCCGAAGUAGCGCGACAAAUGUCCUCCCCCGAGCACAACUUCCCAAGCAACACCCACUGGGUCGACCACGCCGAACCUAACACUAUCGCCAUCAUCGACCAGCCUACGUCCCAGCACUGCGCUGUCCUGGGCGGUAUCAUGGCCGUGCGGAUGAAGUACCUCGGUGUAAGGGGUGCGGUUGUGAACGGACGAGUAAGGGACUUAGGUGAGAUUACGGGGUGUGGGCUGCCGGUUUGGGCGCAGGGGACUUCGACAGUGGGGAGUGGGGCGGAGGCGAAGCCGGGGUUGAGGAAUGUGCCGGUUGAUGUUGGGGGUGUUACUGUGAACCCGGGUGAUAUAAUUUUUUGUGAUCCGCUGGAAGGGGUUGUGGCUAUUCCAAGUGAGUUGCUGGAUCAGGUGCUGGGGGUUAUGCCGAAGUUAGUUGCUAUGGAUGAUAAAGUUAAGGAGGCAGUGUUGCAGGGGGAGACGGUUAAUAAUGCUUUCAAGAAGUUUAGGACCAAGCUUUAGACUACGAUAUUUGGUCUAGAAAUGUCACAUGUAU